AUGUCACGUCUCGAGAGGCUUGUGGUGCUCCUUGAAACGGGCUCCACACAAUUCAUACGAAAUACAGCUGCCGAUCAGCUCAGUGAUUUAGCUAAACAGCAUCCAGAAGAGACGUUAAACUUACUAUCCAGAGUUUAUCCGUUCCUGAAGAGCAAAAAGUGGGAAACGCGAGUGGCUGCUUCGCGCGCGUUCGGCGGGAUCAUUUCACAUGCGCCAUUGUGGGACCCAAACGCAGAGGCAGAUGUGAAAACUGAAGAAGAUUACGAGGCCAUCAAGAAAGAGGAGGAGGAACUAGAUUUGCAAAAGAUGGUGGAGACGACGGAAAAUUGCUUCCUGUCAUUUGACGAGUGGAACCUCUUGGAAAUCUUACAAGCCAAACGGGUCUUGCUGGCCACAUCUGGGGCAGAGUUUGUCAACAACGACGCCGAGCCAGCUCCCAAGAAAGUCAAGACAGAAUUCACUGCAAAAUUAGGAAUAGACGAAAUCAGUGAGGAGUCAACACCACAGGAAGAACCUCUUGAUACUCCCAAAAAAGAGGAGCUGGAUACAAUUGAACAAGCUCCUGCUGCCAAGUCUCAGCAGUCCGCAAGAAUGCGUGCAAUGGCCAAGCGGAAAGCAAAGUUCGCAAAAACAGGCUCGUCGAAAAGUACUCCGGUUGAUCUUUCUCAAAGCAGUGUGAGUAGAAGGCUCGCCAAAGAUGGGUCUGUCAAAGAGGAAUCCGACGAUAGUGCUGGACCGGCCACUCCAAACGUGAACAUCACCUCGCAAUCGAACGGCACCAAACUUGUUGUGGAGCAGAAAGUGCCUGAUAUCUCACCAAUCUUACAACUGCAUGCAAAAGUAUCUCAUCUAGUAUGGCAAUUCCAAGGUGUCUAUGAGCUGCUUAUCAAAGAUCUAUUUAACGAGACGUGGGAGGUCAGACACGGUGCAGCAAUGGGGCUCAGAGAGCUAGUGAAAUACCAAGCUUAUGGUGCAGGCCGUAUAAAGGGCCGUUCAAUAGAACAAAAUGAUGAUCUCAAUAAGCGCACUUUGGAAGACCUCUGUGUUAGACUUAUUACUCUCUUCGCGAUGGACAGAUUUGGAGAUUACGUUUCUGAUACGGUGGUUGCUCCUGUCAGAGAGAAUGCAGCCCAAACUUUGGCAGCUUUAUUGCUACACCUGCCUGAUGACAUUGUUUUGAAGACGUUUGCGGCUCUCAUACAAUUGAUAAAACAAGAUUUUGGACAAUCAGACUAUAAAAUGACAUGCUGGGAAGCCAGACAUGGAGGCAUGCUUGGUUUACGAUACUUUGUCAGCAUCAGAACAGAUUUGUUGUUCAGUCAUUCAGACCUGCUUGACGCGACGAUCGAUAUGGUUUUGUUCUGUCUUCAUAGUAGUGGUGAUGAUGAUGUUCAGAGUGUUGCUGCCUCCACGUUGAUCCCUAUAGCUAGCGACUUUGUUAAGCUCAAACUGGAUAUGGUAUUCAAUAUUGUGAAUGUGAUCUGGCAAGGCUUGACCGACCUAAAGGAUGAUCUAAGUGCAUCCAUUGGAUCAGUGAUGGAUCUUUUAGCAAAACUUUGUUCACAUAAAGAAGUUUUGGAUAAAAUGAAGGAAUACGCAAUUGAAAACGAUGAUCUUAGCUUUAAACAUCUUAUUCCUCGUCUAUUUCCCUUCCUUAGACAUUCCAUUACCAACGUUAGAAAAUCUGUGCUCAAAACACUGCUUGCUUUCCUAGAAAUAGAGGAUGUCACGGUCAAAAACUGGAUAGACGGAAAAGCCUGCAGACUCAUUUUUCAAAAUUUGCUUGUCGAACAAAACGCAGAUGUGCUACAGCUCUCUGAAAAGGUUUACUACACAAUGAUCGAUCAAAUUUCUCAAGGCGCUCUUGGAUCAAUUGACGACAUUUUCGCCGAACACAUAACGCCGCUGAUGACUCUUCUUAUGACCCCUAUAGGUGUGGCUCGUUUUAACUACUCCAUGAAUCCAAAUUGUAUUCUUAGACCUAGUGGUCAAACCUUAUCGUUCAAUGACAUUCCUCUGACAGGUUUCAAUAUAGAGGAGAUGAAACCAAAGCAGAAAAAGCGUAAAAUGUCUGACGAUCAGCAGCAAGCUUUAGGAAAGCUGAAACAAAACGAUGCGGGCAUUCCAGAGACAGAGUACGACAAUGCUGUGAAUAUAGACGCACCAAUGAUUAACGGUGAUUUGACAUUGGUUGGAAUUGACAUCGUUGUCAAAACAAGGCUGGCCGCAGCUGCAGCUCUUGGCCGCACCCUCGCUCACUAUAACUCUGUCAAGAAUUUAGAGCCUAUAUUUGACAGAUUGGAGGCCUACUUCAAAGAUCCACAUUCGACUCCUCGCUUGUUCGCCUGCAUAGUUUUGGAAGAGUAUUGUCAGAGUUGUAUUGACCAAAAGAAGCCUAUCGAGGAAUCAAUAAAAUCAAAGUUCCUUCCAACGCUCAAUGAAGCUUUGGCUAAUCCAGAGAGUCUUCCAUCUUUCAGGGAGUUUGUCCCUAUACUGAAAGGUCUUAGAACCCAAUGUCUCCAGCUUUUCCAAAUUUUCAGAGAACAAGCUAGAGUUUCUUCAAGCAAGAUCCCAACACUUCCGGUUUUAGUCCAAGGUGAGGAGGAUGCCGGCCCAGACGCAUUUGGUAUUGAGCUGGCGACGUCAAUAGUCAAUGAUGUUUACAACAAGCUACUUAAAUCGCUGACCCCCGUCUACAAAAUGUCCGCAUUACAGUCGCUAGAGGACGCCAAGCACCGUGUCAAUAUGGCCAUUAAGGAGGCUACAGCUUCAAAAACUAAUCGUUCCACUGGAAUACUGUCUUCUUACUCAUCAGCGGUUCUGAAGCUCUCUGGAUUGCCCAAGAAACUAACACCCUUGAUUCGGUCGUUGAUGGAGAGUAUCAAAGCUGAGGAAUCAUUACUCUUACAAGCAAGAGCAGCUUCUACAGUUUCCACAUUGGUUAUGGAACUCAACAAGGUUGGCAAAACUGGAGCAGUAGACAAAAUGGUCAAGAAUCUCUGUGGAUUUUUGUGUGUGGAUACUUCAGAAGUUCCUGAGUUCGUUCCUAACAAGAAAUUCACCGAUAUAAUUUUAUCCUUGAGAAAAGAAGAAGCUAAGACCGAUCCAGCAGAGCUUGCUGCUGCCGAAAGAGAGAUAUUCUUGGCCAAAAUCAAGAGGCGUGGUGCCAAGAUUGCUUUAGACGAUUUGAUCGAAAAGUAUGGCUCAGAAGUCUUCCAUAAAUUGCCAAUUUUGACAAAUAUUGUUUUUGAGCCGCUGGAUAUUCUUUCACGUACAGAGUUCAGCGAUGCUGAAGGACAGCAGGCUGUCGACUCACUGGAAAUUUUGCGUGCGCUUUUGGGGAAAAUGGAUAGAUCUCUGCAAUUGACAGUUGUGGACAAGCUUCCUAUCAUUUUGGAAGGAAUCAAAUCCAAGUAUUCAGUGUUCCGUUAUUCCGCUGCCAAAUGCUUUGCCACGAUAUGUGCCACUUUGCCAUCGACAGGAUUCCAGUUCUUCGUGAAACAUAUUCUUCCGCUUCUGAACAAUGCUCUUGAUCUCAAGGACAGACAGGGAGCCAUUGAAUGUGUGUACAGACUAUCGAUUGUCAUGGGAUCUGACAUCUUGCCUUAUGUUGUCUUCUUGCUUGUCCCUGUGCUGGGCCGGAUGAGUGACGCAAACCACGAUGUGAGGUUACUCAGCACUACAACUUUUGCUUCAAUUAUCAAACUGAUACCUCUGGAGGCAGGAAUUCCUGAUCCUCCAGACAUGCCAGAGGAGCUGCUUGGUGGAAGAGACAAGGAGCGCGAAUUUAUACAGCAAAUGAUGGAUCCUACAAAGAUCAAACCUUUCGAGCUCCCAGUUUCCAUCAGAGCAACAUUGCGGAAAUACCAGCAAGAGGGAGUCAAUUGGCUUGCGUUUUUGAAUAAAUACCAUCUUCAUGGUAUCCUGUGUGACGAUAUGGGACUCGGAAAGACUUUACAGACAAUUUGCAUAGUGGCGAGCGACCAUCAUCUACGCGCAGAAGAGCAUAAAAAGACACACUCUACGGAAACGCGGAAGCUUCCAAGUUUGAUCGUGUGCCCUCCAUCUCUCACAGGCCAUUGGGAACAGGAGUUUGAGCAAUACGCUCCAUUGUUGAACGUGGUUGUUUAUGCGGGUUCGCCUUCGCUAAGAGCCUCCAUUCGCUCACAGCUUGCUGAAGCAGAUGUCGUGGUGACUUCUUAUGAUGUUGUUCGUAAUGACGUUGAAUUUGUGAGCUCCAUCGACUACAAUUACUGUGUCCUUGAUGAGGGACACAUCAUCAAGAAUGCUAACACGAAAUUGACGCAGUCGGUGAAACGUAUCCGUGCAGAGCAUCGGUUGGUACUUUCAGGAACACCAAUCCAAAACAAUGUGCUUGAGCUGUGGUCGUUAUUUGACUUUCUGAUGCCAGGAUUCCUCGGUACCGAAAAAAUGUUCCAGGACAGAUUUGCCAAGCCAAUUGCUCUUUCGCGAACCAACAAGGGACCUAAGGAACAAGAGGCGGGUGCGCUAGCAUUGGAAGCCUUGCAUAAACAGGUGCUGCCAUUUAUGUUGCGACGCUUAAAGGAGGACGUUCUUUCUGAUCUGCCUCCAAAAAUCAUUCAAGACUAUUACUGCGAGCUAUCCAGCUUACAAAAGCAACUGUACAAAGAUUUCAUCAAGAAGCAAAAAACAAAUGUCGAAAAAGAUCUCCAUGCCUCCGACGAAAGCCAGAGCAAGCAACACAUAUUUCAGGCUUUGCAGUACAUGCGGAAACUGUGUAACCAUGCUGCCCUAGUUCUGACGCCAAAACACCCACAGUACAAUGAUGUCAUGAAGUAUCUUAAGACGUACGAUAUGGAUAUCAGGGACAUUGAACACUCGCCAAAGCUCAUGUCGCUAAAGAAUCUGCUUCUUGAGUGUGGUAUUGGCAGCGACGGCGGUCAAAAGGGCGUAAUUCCAGCAGAAAAUGUGAUCUCUCAGCAUCGAGCGCUCAUUUUCUGCCAAAUGAAGGACAUGUUGGACAUGGUUGAAAACGAUCUUUUGAAGAAACACAUGCCUGGUGUCACGUAUCUUCGACUAGACGGGUCCACCGAGCCUCGGAAGCGCCAAGAUGUCGUUCGCAAGUUUAACAACGAUCCCUCGAUUGACGUCCUUCUCUUAACGACUAAGGUUGGAGGUUUGGGUCUCAAUUUGACUGGAGCAGACACCGUGAUUUUUGUCGAGCAUGACUGGAACCCGAUGAACGACCUACAAGCUAUGGAUCGUGCCCACAGGUUGGGACAAAAGAAGGUGGUGAACGUGUACCGGUUGAUCACUAAGGACACUUUAGAGGAAAAAAUCAUGGGAUUACAAAAGUUCAAAAUGAACAUUGCUUCUACGAUUAUCAACCAGCAGAACUCCGGACUUGCGUCAAUGGACACUAACCAACUGCUAGAUCUGUUUGAUUCGGAUCCAGACGCGGACACAGAGAUGAAACAACGGGAGAAGGAGAAACCCGGGCCAGUGUCUGAUAAGCUCGGCUCUUUGGACGUGCCGAAUGAAGUUGGUCUGUCUGGAAAGGCCGGCAGUGCUGUUAAUGAGCUUGCCGAACUCUGGGAUGAAAAGCAGUACGAAGAGGAGUACAACUUGGACUCGUUCAUCAAGACCUUGAAAUAG